UCGGUCUAAAUCCAGGAGGUGUUGUAAAGGGUGCUAAAAGCUCCGCAGAUAAUGGCCAAAUAUACCUGACCAGAACAGCUGUCAUAGAGACUUUUAAGCAUAUUUACUGUCGCCGUUAUUACACGAGCUACAUCCAGUUGCGUAUCCAUCAGCAGUUCAUUUGUCGGCGGGUUUGAUUCUUUGACUGGACAGGAUCAUCAGAAGCGAGGAGUCGUCCUGGGCGUGUUUGCUGUAAGGUUAUGCGUGGACAACAGUGCCACAACACACACAAGCUAAGACCUGUGUAUUUCAUGUGCAUGGCCCUUGGUGUGGGAGCACCAUGAGCGGGGAGCCUGAUGCCUUGGCUGUGGUGAAUCAGCUGAGGGACUUAGCUGCUGACCCCCUCAACAGGCGAGCUAUUGUUGAAGAUCAAGGCUGUUUGUCAGGCCUCAUUCUCUUUUUCGACCAUCCCAACCCACAAGUCGUUUACUCUGCUCUAUUGGCGGUGCGCUACCUGGCAGAAUGCCGCGCCAACAGGGAGAAGAUGAAGGACGAGCUGGGAAUGAUGCUGAGCCUGCAGAACGUCAUGCAGAAGGGCACGUCGCCAGGCGAGACCAAGCUGUUAGCAUCUGAGAUCUACGAGAUCCUACAGAACUCCAGCAGCGCGGAGGCCGAACAGGCGGAAGCAGCCGCCUCUUGCAGAAGAAAAGCCCAGUUUUUCCUGGGCGCAACGAACAAACGGGCCAAAACAGUGGUGCUUCAGAUCGACGGGCUUGAUGAUUCGGCUCGGAGGAGUCUUUGUGAAGAAGCCCUGCUAAAGAUCAAAGGUGUCAUCAGCUUUACCUUCCAGAUGGCUGUGAAGAGAUGUGUGGUGAGGAUCCGUUCAGACUUGAAGGCUGAGGCCUUGGGGACUGCUAUAGCUUCAACCAAAGUCAUGAAGGCACAGCAAGUAGUGAAGGGGGAAGAUGGAGGUGAGAUUGUAAUCCCAUUCCAAGAGGACUCAGAUGUGGUGGUCGAGCAGAACAUAAAUUUGCCGGAUUAUCUGCCUGAGGACGAGAGUCCGUCUCAGGAGCAGCACAAGGCCGUCACACGACUGGGCUCCAUGCAGGAUGGCGUGAGCUGGCUGAGCACGGCCGCCAACUUCCUGUCCCGCUCAUUUUACUGGUGACCCCACGACUCCCCGCAUGCCCCGCACCUUUACAGCUCUACGUGCCAGACUGCUGAGUGCAUCCGCAAUAAACUUAUAACCUUGUUCCAACUUUAAAAAAAGGCCACAUCCUGCGGCUGUAAAUGGUACGCGAUCCAACCUGCUCCUGAAACUCACGUUAGCGCUGCGUACGCACCACACGAGACACUAAAACCUGAGAGAAGCAACCGGGAGAAGUUCACAGAAAGCAUUUUGUGUGUAUCUGCUCUCUCUUAUUCACCUUUUUUUUUUUUCUUUUUUUUUUUUUCGUUGGGUCUGGGGAAGGUUUUCAAGCGGUUCUCCUCGCGGGUUUGUUUCUGAGACUAAACGUCACUUUGGGGGGGGUUUCGCCAGGCGGGUCGUACAUUGAGGUUUUCUAAAUUUCUACCAAUUUGGGUGCUUUCAGAUGUGUUCUAACCCUUCAUCUCAGCUUUCUUGUACAUUUUUAAACAACUUAUUUUGUUUUUCAAUUAUUUGAUAAUCCUAAUACCACUUUAUUCAUCAGCACUUUUCAAAGCAUGCCGUAUUUUUAAUGCCUUUAUUUUGAACCCCCGUUCCUUCUGUGUGUGCCUUUUGCUAUGUAGCUUAUUGAUUCAUUUUCUCGGUUUUAAGUCCUCUCUGUUUGCUUCGUCUGAACUUCUAAAGCCUUCUGAAGACGUGAUUUUUAGGUUUGAAAUGUGUAGCGAUGGUUCGCUCUUCCUCACAGAGCUGAUUUCACAUAAAACACAGUUAAAACACCAGCACUGGUUGGUGUGCGGUAAUAAUAAUUAACGGUUAACGCAUCCAAUAAAGGGAAGCCACGAGGAAAUAGCUGUUAUUGUGUGUGUAAUGCUAACCUUUUAUGUUACAGCAUGUGCCAAACACCAGAUAACCUUCUUUACACUAAAAAAAAAAAAAAAAAAAAGUAAAAUAGCUCUGACCCUUUAGAAAUUGAUAUUAUAAACUUUUCUUUUUGUACAUUUCUUAAACAUCAAUGCUGUUUUCUUUUAUGCCAUGCUGUCUAUUUAUAAAAUGAUUUGUGUGUGAGUGUGUGUGUGUUCCUAAAAAACAUAAAUCUGAAUGUUUUGUUCAGGGCCUUUCAUAAACAUGGUCAUUUUUAAUGUGCUAGCCAAAAGCAUGAUCCGGUCACUUCUGACCACUUACGUGCCCGUCACCUCUGCAUGACCAUCACCCCUUGAGUUUUCCCUGACCGACGGUGUCUUUUAACAGUUUAGAUAAUCGACUGACCUCACAUAUCGCAUUCAGGACGUUCAGUCCGCUCAGGGAUGUGUGUACGUUCUCCCGCAAACCGAUGGUCUCAUGUACAUGCGUUCCCAAACGGAGACCUGCACACAUCGAUAUCAAAGUGAGUCCAACCAGUAUAUGUCCCUGUCGUUUUAUUUUCACCUCGUUAUGCUGGAAAAGUCGGGUUGUCGUUAAAUCAGUGUUUGCACCCUUUUGUAUUUUUCCUCAGCAAUGCUUUAAGACUGUUUUUUUUUUUACAUUGCAUAAUGUCGGUUCACAAUGAGAAUUUGUUACAGCAUUAGUGUACAGAAUGGAAUCACUCAGUGGCGUGCUUUUAGGUGGGUUUAAGAUGAGAUCGAGGCCAUCAGUGUUAUAUUUAUGAACAAAAUCCAAAUUCGAAUCAAGUUUUGCAUUUUCUGUAUGUUUGUUUCCCUCAACUUGUACUGUAUACCAUCUUUCCUUGAAGCGUUUUAAGCUGCUGUUCACUGUUAUUCCAAGAACGCAGAACCAGAGCCCAUGGCAGAUGGUAGAUUUUAGUAGCUUCUCAUGUACAGUGCAUAUUCGCUGUUAUAUACAAAGAGUUUUAGGACACACGAUUCUUGGCUGUUCACAGUAAUGACAAGGAUUAUUAAAUAGAUAAAAUAAA